AUGAGCAGCGCCCGUAAUUUCAAGAGGCACGAAGAUACCACGCGAUCUUUGUCAAACGUAUCGUCGUCCCACAAAAGCUCGUUUUCGGAUCCCAACGUGGGAGCGCUCUUUCCAAGAUCGAAAUACGAUAUGUCGCGGCAGUCUCUUCCCAAUCACUCGUUCGAGGGGGGACGACAACGACAACAUCAACAGCAACAUCAACGGAUGAAAGAAUUUGCACCAGUAGACGCAUCUUGGGACGCCAUUGUGGAGGAAAAGAAGGACGAUGUGUCCGUAAUCACCAAUCCUUCCGCUGCAUUCCAGACAGGUUCGGUAGCUUCGGGUGCACGCAACGGAGCCCGGAUAACUAGACUGGCGUCCAUGUUCAGUAAUCAUGCCGUUGGUAAGACACACAGCAAAGACGAUGGUUCUCCCAAACAUAAUCGGUACACGAGCAACACGCCGACCACACGUAUCACCAAGACGACGCUCGCGUCUCCCUCGAGCCCUGUGCCUUCUGCCGGGAGUAGCGCUUACGUUGGCUGGCCCGGAACACAGGACAAGGAAGGCGCUGUGGUAUCCAUACAGUCAUCCUUCGAAGACAGUUCUCAGGAAGACUUCGUGCGCAAGCGCGAAUCCUCGCCCUCACCCCAAACCGCGACCGCUCUGCUCAUGCGGUCCAGCAACGAAAAAUCGAGGCCUAGUUCCACGCCUUAUUCGUACUCAUCCGCUUUGUCAGACAGACACGUGAUGUCUCCAAAGCAGAGCAAUACGGUGCUUCGCUACACACAAGUUGGUGACCGAUACUCCAGUAUCACCAGCAACCAUAACAGCAAUACGGGACGUGGAGCGAGAUCUCCACCGAACUCGGCAAAUCGAAGACGCACCGGCGGUAGCUCAGUUUCCUUCAACAACUUGCUGGAACCCACAUUGGACGAUGCCUGGGAUUCCGAGCCUUCUACCAACCCGCCUUCGUCCACUGGCGGCACGAGUUUCUCCAAGGCCUCGUCGGCCUACAUGGAUGCUUUCACUGACAAGAACCGCCGCGAAAAUUCGGUGACUCUAGCCGCCAAGGAAGUGUUGCGUCGGCACCGCUCUUCGAUUCCUCAGCCACCGACACAAGAAUCGCUGGCUGCCAUCGAUUGCCUAUCUCCGCCGCAUCGGGCCUUUAAUGCUCCGGGCUAUCGAGGGUUAAUUGAAAAAACUAAGGAGGUGCCCAGUCUCAUGGAUGAUAUGGAUUCCGACAGUUCUUCAAAAGCAACAACGACCUACACAGUAUCCAACGUGGGCGGUCCAACUACCAAUGUGCCAAGGCAUUUACAAUACAACCCGGAAGAUGACGCCGUGUCGGACAUCUUUGACAAUUUGUCACUUUCUAAAGAAUCCGACAUCUUUGAUAAUUUAUCAAACUUUGGAACUAAACACUCACCGCGUAGAACGUUGCGUGCAACAACGGUCUAUCCUGCUCGAAUUGCUGAAGAGGAAGAAACGGAACAUGCGGAUGCCUUUAGACUCGUCAUGCUUGGCGGUGGCUUGACUGCUAUUCAAUCUACUGCGGAAGGCUUUGGCAACCGAAAAACAGCGAGUGACUACGACGAAAACUUGACCAACAGCGACGUCGAUCAGUAUGGAUUUGCCAAUGUUCCGGGCUUCAACAAAAUGUUGAACGCCGGUAUGACGACGGAUAAUUCGCUGUUGGGAAUUCAAGGAAACUUGGGAAAUACCUCACAGGCGAUAGUUCGUAGCCGACGAAUGGAGAGUGAGUCCGGCUCGUCCUUGUUUACCGAUCCUUACGCACGUGACCAGAUAAUGGACAUGGGCGGGGACUUGUCAGAAUAUUACAUACAUCCCGAUGCUAUGAAGAAAGUUCUCCGCGUGUACCGUCGCAUGUCUGAGCGUGAAAAAUCGAGCAUGCCGCAUACCGAGUUUGAACGCCAAGAAGACGAGAGCAAGGCCUUUGCCUUGUUUGAAAUGCGCAGUCGGAUAAUGGAAAACGACAUAGAGCGGGGUUUGGAACGCAGAGGUGGGACAGUGACUGUGGAUGACUUGGUGAUUACUCCUUACUAUCGUGAGUCCAGCCGUAUUCGAGACGCUGUCAUUGUUAGCAAAGCCUGGCGAGAUGGGGCUAGUCCAAAGGAUGUGAUCAAUUCUUCCAGGCUAACUAGACGGGAACAGUGCAUUCACCUCAUCCGGCGCCCAGUACGAUCGAAUGGAAGCUUAGACGACAGCGUCGCGGCUGUUGGAGGCGCUUCAUCGGCAACGCAUCAUUUCGAAUGGGAAGCCAAGGAAUGGGUAGAUGAUACAGAUUUCAUGCAGUAUAGAUGCCCAUCUGUUGGCCCUCGUUACAUGCGAGGAUUCGACAUGUUUACAAGUGGAGACUGUCAAAGCAUUCUACUCAAGCUCACAAACGAGCGCUGUCUGGAGCUGCGCGUGGAGCUCAACGUUGCUACCAAACGGCAGAUCGAAGCGGAAGAGUUCAUGAAGGAAGAUGGCGACGGCCGGGAUGGUCAGAUGACGGAAUCCGAGAUGACUUAUCUCACAUCUAUGGAAGAUGUGAAGGUUAUCUCUCGAGAGCUUGUUAUCGCGGAGAAAGCGUUUGCUUUAGUGCGAGAUCGCAUGAAACAGUUGAUCACAAAGUAUGAGCAGCUGUUGGUAAAGAUUGAAAAUGAAUCUUUUUCAGGUGCCUCCUCUGUCUUGACGUACGAAAGCUCGCACUUCUCGGAUUCAGAGUACUGGGAUGAACAAGACAACCAUGAGAGUGCAAUGUGGGCCCGUCGAGCCCAACGAGCUGAGCUGAGAGCCGAGAUUUCAGCUCGAGAAGCUCUCAUGGCGGAGCAAAAAGCACGAGUAGUGAAGCAAGAGAAACGUCGCGAGCUUGAAGUCCUCCAACAAAGGCUUUUGGAACUAAAGUCCGAGGCGUCGCACGCUAUUCCUGGACUAGAAGUAUCCUCAAGUCUAGCCAAGACCUUUUCUGUUCGUCAUGAUAACAAUGGGCAUCAAGCAAGGCUGACUACCAGCAAUAUAAGCAAUGAAAAAAUUGCCGGGGUGAAACAAAGAUUCCGAGAUCGUAUGGCGGCGAAGAAGCAACAGGAUCCGAGGGCUUUCUCCGAAAGCAAUGGAGAUCACCGCGGUCAACUACCACCUCGCCCAACGACACCAUCGCCUUCGCAAGUGGAAAGAUUCAACGUUGUUCGCUCUGCGGGAGAAGAGAUGUAUUCACAUCUGGACUUUUACGAGAGAUCUUUAAAGUCGGUUCAGGACCCACGUGCUUUUGACUAA